AUGCACCGCCUAUGUCCUCCUCAACCCUCAGGCUCGACGGCAUACCGGUGGCAAGCUCGGAGCCGUGACGUUGUCUUUGAUGAGACCCGCCCAUUCUACUCCCCUUCGGGACGGGACCCUCUCCCUGAUCCACCCUCCCUCGUGUGGGCAGACUUUGAUGCGCCUCCCGACCUCCCGCCUGCUCCUGCUCCCUCACCUCCUCCCUCUCCUGCCAUCGCACCAUCUCCCUCUGAGGUCACUGACCCGGCCUCACCGGUGUCUUCGGCAGCUGCUCCUCCCUCCCCCUCACCUUCCCCACUUCCCGCUGCGCCGCCCCCUCCGAGCGCACCUAUCACCUACCAUCGGCGGUCCCACCCUCCGGCCCCACCUCCUCCCCCGGCUCCCCCCACCACAGAGGAACCCGCUCUCCCACAGUCGCCCGAGCUGAUCACGUACCGCCGGCGACCCCUUCCCCCGCCCAAGCCUGCUAAGUCACCCUCUCCGACCCCGCCAGCCCCACCCUCUUCCCCGGUGGCUCAUGGCACUCGCUCACAUCGCGCUACUCUUCCACUCGCGAUGCUCUCACACAUCUUCCCCGACAUCACUGGCUCACCCUCCCUCAACUUCGCGGAGAACCCGACCAUCCCUAUCCCUCUCACCGUUCCUCUCACCGUCCGAGAGGCUCUCUCAGGCCCUCAUUCUGCCAAAUGGCGUGCUGCCAUGGACGCGGAGAUUGCAGCAUUCACCCGCAACCACUCCUUCGACGACGAGACUCCACCUCCAGGAGUCAACAUCGUCGGGGGCAAGUGGUUGUUCCGUGUAAAACAGCUCCCAGACGAGGCACCGGUGUUUAAAGCGCGCUACGUAGCCAAGGGCUUCACCCAGCAGCAGUACCGCGACUUCUUCCUAACCUUCUCCCCCACAUCCAAACCUCCCACCAUUCGUACGCUCAUGGAUGUCGCAGCUCGAGAAGACUUCGAGAUCAAAUCCAUGGAUGCCUCAUCCGCCUUCCUACAAGGACGUCUCAAGGAGACAGUGUUCAUGGACAGACCAGAAGGCUUCCCAGGAGAUUUCCCUCCCAACACUGUCUGGAAGCUGAAUCGCCCCGUCUACGGCCUUAAGCAAGCCCCUCGCGAAUGGCACAACAAGGUGAAAGAAGUCCUCCUCUCCCUGGACUUCCACCCUUCAACUGCUGACCCGACUCUCUUCAUCCGCCGUCAUUCUGAGCCCUUCUACAUCCUAGUCUACGUGGAUGAUUUCAUCCUCGUGGCCAAGGACUCGGCCCAGAUGACCUCAGUCCAGGCAGCCCUAAGCAAGGCUCUCCAGAUGAAAGACCUCGGUGACCUCAAGCACUACCUGGGGAUGGAGAUCACUCGUGAUCGCAAGGCUCGCACCAUCUCACUCUCCCAGGAGUUCUACAUCGACAAUGUGCUCAAGCGAUUUGAGAUGGAGCUAUGCACACCUGUUGCCACCCCGCUGCCGCUGCAACACCUCCUCACAGCUCCAGCGGUACCCACACCAGAGGCCUGCUCUGAGCCAUACCCGGAGCUUGUUGGGUCCCUCAUGUACGCCAUGAUGUGCACCCGGCCAGACCUGGCCUAUCCUGUCAGUGUCCUCUCUCGCUACGUGGCCCCUGGACGCUUCACUGACCUUCACUGGAAGGCAGCCAAGCGGGUGUUGCGCUAUCUUCAGGGCACCAAGUCUCACGUCCUCACACUCGGUGGGCUCUCCCCUCCUCGCCUAGAGGGUUACACCGACUCCUCCUGGGCUGAUGACCAGACCGACCGACGCUCCUCUCAGGGGUACUGCUUCACCCUUGGGAGCGGAAUUGUCAGUUGGCGCUCCACCAGGUCGUCUGCAGUCUCCCUCUCCUCAUGUGAGGCAGAGCUCUACGCAGGCACCAUGGCUGCUCAGGAGGCUCGUUGGCUCACCUUCCUCCUCCAGGAACUUGGUUUCCCACAGUCCGCCCCUACCCUCUGGUGUGACAACCAGAGUACCAUCCACAUCUCUCAAGACCCUGUGUAUCACACCCGCACCAAGCACAUUGAACUCCGGCACUUCUUCAUCCGUGACCUUGUCCAACAAGAGCAGUUGAAAGUGGAAUACGUUGCAUCUGACUGCAACCUGGCUGAUCUGUUCACCAAGCCCCUUGGGAAAGUUCCCCACCACCGUCUCCUUGGCGCCAUGGGGCUCUGUGCUCCACCCUCUCUACCCUGA